AUGUGGAUGAAAAUUUAAUUUUUACACUGUAGCUUUUCUUCAGAUCUUUCAUUCUGUGUUACUGCAGGUAAGGUGAAAAAGCCAUAAGAAGAUUAAAAAGGACAACAAUAAAAACAAUAGAUGGAGAAGUCAUAUUACAACCAAAAAUAAAAGUAGAAGUUUUAUUUUUUGAAUAUUUAAUCAUAUGGAAUAUUAGAACCUUAAGAUAUUAUCUUUAUUACAAAAAAGCCAAAAAAUAUAUCAGAACAUUAAAAUCCUCCACACUUUGCAGUAUUUUUCCUUAAAAAUAAUUAUGGUGUUAGGUAAUGAAUAGAAUAUCGAAAUUAUUUAUUUCCAAAACUUGGUGCCGUCAAAGUAAUUGCAACUGUUAAUAAUAACAAUAGAAUUCAUAAUUUAAUAGUCUCCAAAGAUAAAAAAUUGUUUGUAUCUUUAUGUGAACUUGGAAUUUUCAAACUUUGGAAUAACAGUUAACUAAGUCAAAUACUCUAUAUCGAGUUAUUUACUUUGGAAAAUAUAAAAACGAUUAUAGAUUUACAAAGGAUCUUUUUUGUUAUAGCCUUUUUAAAAGAGAAGUUUAAUAAACAUAAUAUUUAGAAUAACUGAAUCUUACAAAGUAUUCAGCAGUCAAGUUCUUUUAUUCAUUUUCUUGUUUUCAAACUCUUUCAAUUAUUCAUAAGUAAACUACUAUUGCAUUUGGAGGAUCCUAUGGAAUUAUAAUACAUAUCAACAAAAACAUAUUCAAUAAUUAUGA